CAGUCUGAUUGGCUCAUCUUUACAACAUGGGGGCGGGACAAUCAAGCCAAGGCUCACACGACCAGGAAAUCUAUUAGCGUUAUACUGCUACAGGAGAGAAAAGAGGUUAGGCUUCGCUUUGCCCGGAAUUAAAAAGCACCAAAAGUCAUGACCAGAGGAAACCAGCGUGAACUUGCCCGACAGAAGCAUGCCAAGAAGCAAACUGAGAAUACCAAGGGCAGAAAGGAUGAUGGUCUCUCUGCUGCUGCUCGCAAGCAGAGGGAUGCCGAGAUAAUGCAGCAGAAACAGAAGAAAGCCAAUGAUAAGCCAGAACCUAAAUCGAAAUAACCAGUGGGAUAGCUUGGGGCCUGUGUGCAUUUUGCAGAGGUUUCCAAACUUCAACAGCCCAUGGCUCACAAAAAGUUGUAACCAUAUAGACAACUAAAAAAAACAAACAAACAAUUGCUGACUUUGGUAAUCAGUUGCAGAAAAUAGUCUACAAUAUGGUUUCAGAAAGAUCUCAUUUAUGAGGAAAGUUCUUUUGAGUUAAGUAAUGAUUCACCCAUUGUUCCAAAUAUAAUCAGUACACAAAUAAUUCAAUUUUGAAACAUGAAUUGGUUAAAUCAUAUUUUUAACUGGUUAAAAAUAUUGAUGUGUAGUUCCACCACAUGUUAAACUCUUUACUGAUAAAUCUUGGUUCAAAUGUCAUGAGAUUGCUUUCUAAUCCUUCAUCUUGUGUCUCCUUUUGAUUUCACAUCAUUGAGUGUUUACUAGAUGUGGAGAAGAUCAUUUUAAAGAGGGAGACUGCCAGUCAACAUAUGAACUGACUUUCAAGUUUCUGUAUUUUUGUAUCAAACACCCUUAAUAAAGUGUACAUUUUUAAACUGA